AUGCAGCUCACAACAGGAUGUUACUUAUCUUUGACCUCAACUGACAACGGGCCCAUCGAGAUCGGUCAGAAUAUUCUAAAAAGUACUUACUUGGUAGUUGACUUGAAAGAGAGAGAAAUAUCGUUGGCACAGGCUUAUGUUAAUGACCAGGGAAACGAUAGCGACAGUGAUGAUGAUGGCAGUGAAAAAAACAGGAACUGA